AAGAGUAUGGAAUUGAUUAUAUAGAAACAUUUGCACCAGUGGCUAAAAUGACUACAGUGAGAUUACUUAUUGCUCUUUCGGCAAUGCAUCAGUGGCCUAUUUCUCAAAUGGAUGUGAAGAAUGCUUUUCUGCAUGGGAAUUUGAAAGAAACUGUUUAUAUGAAGCCUCCUCCAAGUUAUUCACAUUCUAAAUCCAUGGUUUGCAAAUUAAAGAGAUCAUUAUAUGGUCUUAAGCAAGCUCCUCAAGCUUGGUUUGAACGCUUCCGUCAAGUUAUUGUGGAUGCUGGGUAUGUUCAGAGUUCUCAUGAUUAUUCCUUGUUCAUGCAUAACUCUCCGCAAGAUGUUACUCUACUUUUGAUUUAUGUCGACGAUAUGCUUAUUACUGAUAGUAAUAAGGAAGGUAUUGCUAAGUUGAAAGAGUUACUUUUUUGUUCUUUUCAAAUGAAAGAUUUGGGGCCACUGACUUAUUUUCUUGGUUUAGAAGUUCACUCAUCUUCUCGAGGUUAUGCGGUGAAUCAACGGAAGUAUGUUCUGGAUUUGAUCCAAUUUGCAAAUUUAUCUAAUGAUAAGUGUGCUGACACUCCAAUGGAAGUAAAUGUCAAGCUUAGGCAGGAGGAUGGUGAAAAACUCUAUAAUCCUAGCUUUUAUCGUCAACUUGUGGGUCGCCUCCUUUAUCUUACUAUGACUAGACCUGAUGUUGCUUAUGCUGUGCAAGUGGUUAGUCAAUUUGUUGCAGAUCCUCGGCGGUUACAUCUAACGGCUGUUCUUCGCAUAAUUCGAUAUCUUCGUGGCACUAUUUCAAGGGGACUUUUCUUCUCCUCUCAUCCUUGUAUGCAAUUGCAAGCUUAUGCAGAUGCUGAUUGGGCAGGUUGUCCUGAUACACGUCGCUCAACCACAGGUUGGUGUGUGUUUCUUGGUGAUUCCCUUAUUUCUUGGAAAUGUAAGAAACAGAAAACAGUGUCCAAAUCCACUGCUGAAGCUGAAUAUCGAGCAAUGUCUUCAUCAUGUAGUGAAUUGACUUGGCUUCGAGGAUUUUUACAGACACUUACUUUUCCUACUCCUCCUUCACCUUUUUAUGCUGAUAAUAUGAGUUCUAUUCGUAUUGCAUCCAAUCCUGUCUUUCGUGAGCGUACCAAGCACAUUGAAGUGGAUUGCCACUUUAUACGGAAUAUGUAUCUUGCAGGUGCCAUUACUCUUCCUUAUAUUGCUUCUGAGCAUCAAAUUGCAGAUAUUUUUACAAAGGCAAUGACAAUUGCACGACACAAUGGUAUCAGAGCAGGCACAAUGAAUGGUCCUGUUCAGAUUUCAGUUCCUGUUUUGGAUGGCAAAAAUUACAACCGGUGGUGUGUGCAAAUGAGGGUGCUUUUUUAUUACCACAAAUUGCUAAGUGUCGUGGAAAAUGGAGUUGCUGAAAUUGCAGAAAAUGCUAAUGAUGCCCAAAAGCAUGCCUACCGUGAGAGCAAGAAAAAGGACAAGAAGGCAUUAUAUUUCAUCCAUCAAGGGGUGAAUGAUGAAGUGUUUGAGAAGAUUGAAGAUGCAGCUACAUCAAAGCAAGCAUGGGAUACCCUGAUGACAGCAUACAAAGGUGCGGAGAAAGUCAAGAAGGAGUACAGCGAGCAGGCCAAAGUGGAGAAAAUUUUGCGGACACUCACACCAAAAUUUGAGCACAUUGUGGCAGCAAUAGAAGAAGCCUAUGAUUUGUCCCAGAUGACUGUUGAUGAGUUGUCAGGUUCAUUAGAAGCACAUGAGCAAAGAAUGAAUGGGAAGCAGAUAAAGAAGUCGAUUGAGCAAGCCUUCCAAAGCGAAGUCUCUAUCAAAGGUAAUCAAGGUGGUGAAACCAGUCAAAAGCAUGGUGGUUCUCAUGGAAGAGGACGAGGACGUGGUUUCUACUUCAACAAAGGUCGUGGAGUAGGAGGCAAUGACCAAGGAAAAUCAAACUUUGGUUAUCAGCAAAAUUCAAGAGGCCAUGGCCGUGGCCGUGGUAGUGGACGUGGUAGAGGAAGGUAUGACAAAUCCAAUGUUGAAUGUUACAAUUGUCAUAAAUAUGGCCAUUAUUCCAGUGAGUGCAUAUACAAGGAUAAUACUCAAAAGGCUCAUUGUGUACAAGGAGAUGAUGAUGCUGACAAUAGCCAUGCUCUCUUGAUGGUCACUGCUAUUGGUGAAACACCAAACUUUCACACAUGGUUCCUUGACACUGGUUGUACCAAUCACAUGAGUGGCAAAAAGGAGCUAUUUGCUGAUCUUGAUGAGUCCUUUCGCACAAAAGUGAAAUUUGCUGAUGAUAGAACUAUACCAGUAACUGGAAAAGGAAGAAUUCUCAUCAACUUGAAGAAUGGAGAUCACAAAUCUCCAACAAGGAGUGUCCAAAAUAUCACCCCUGUAGAAGCUUGGAGUGGUUUCAAGCCAAGUGUGAAACAUCUGAAGGUGUUUGGGUCUGUUGCUUAUGCUCAUAUUCCCGCAGAGACAAGGAAAAAGCUAGAUGAUCGAGCAGAGAAGACAGUUUUUAUUGGCUACAAGCGUGGUGGGUAUAAGCUGUUCAAUCCUGACACAAAGAAGGUGAUUGUUAGUCGAGAUGUAACAUUUGCUGAAGAAGAAGCUUGGAAAUGGGAUGCUGAUACCCAUAAAGGUCCUCAAAAUCGAGUUAUUUCUGUUCUUGAAGAAGUAACUGAAAAUCCCACCACAAACGAAGAAGCCUCUUCGAGCUCUGCUCAAGAAACCUCCUCACCGCAAGCCCAAAUAGAAUCUACAAGGCCACAGCGACAACGCCGACCACCAGUAUGCUUGCAAGAUUAUGAGGUAACUCUUGAUGAUGAAGUUGAUGAUGAUGGAGAAUUCGUACACUUUGCUUUCUUUGCAGAUAGUGAACCGGUGACAUUUGAGGAGACAAUUCAAGAUUCUAGAUGGGUAAAUGCAAUGAAUGAGGAGAUCAAGGCAAUUGAAAGGAACAAUACAUGGGUUCUCACUGAUAUUCCACAAGCUCACAAAGCAAUUGAUGUCAAGUGGGUUUUCAAGACAAAGGUGAAGUCAAAUGGCGAGGUCGAAAGUUGGUCUGGCUGCACAAAAUCAAUGGAAAUCCAUCAAAUGGAUGUGAAGUCAGCUUUUCUAAAUGGCCCACUUGAAGAAGAGGUAUAUGUCAAGCAACCUCCUGGAUUCAUGAAACAAGGAAGUGAAGAUAAGGUGUACAGGUUGAAGAAAGCAUUGUAUGGUCUCAAACAAGCUCCACGAGCAUGGAACAAGCGUGUCGAUUCCUUCUUCCUCCAAGUCGGUUUCGAAAAGUGUCCCUCAGAACAUGCUUUAUAUGUGAAGGUUAAUAAUUCUGGUGAUAUAUUGCUGUUGUGUCUAUAUGUGGAUGAUCUAAUAUUCACAGGCAACAAUCCCACAAUGAUCGAAGAUUUCAAGAAGUCCAUGAUGGGUGAGUUAGAAAUGAUUGAUCUUGGGCUCAUGUCAUAUUUUCUGGGCAUCGAAGUAGUUCAAAGAAAAGAUGGGAUUUUUAUCUACCAAAAGAGGUAUGCUACUGAGCUCUUGAAGAAAUUCCAUAUGCAAAAUUGUAAUUGUGUAAGAACUCCUGUGAAAGUUGGUACAAGAUUGUCAAAAAAUGGAGAAGGGGCACCGGUUGAUUCAACUUAUUUCAAACAAAUUGUUGGGAGUUUGAGAUAUCUUACAUGCACAAGACCAGACAUCUCUUAUGGUGUUGGCCUAAUUAGCAGGUUCUUGGAAAAUCCGCAGCAAUCUCAUAUGCAAGUAGCCAAGAGAAUCAUGAGGUACUUGAAAGGUACUCUUAAUUAUGGUUUGUUUUAUUCUUCAACAGACAAUUGUGCUAUUAUAGGUUACUCAGAUAGUGAUUGGGCUGGAGAUCUAGAUGAUCGAAAAGGCACCUUUGGAUAUUGUUUCAAUUUUGGUGCUAACAGCUUCUCUUGGUCAUCUAAAAAGCAAUCUGUUGUUGCUCUAUCAACCUGUGAAGCAGAGUAUGUUGCUGCAACAUCAAGUGCAUACUUGGCAAAGAAUCCUAUCACACAUGGAAGAAGCAAACACAUCGACGUCCGAUUUCAUUUCUUGAGAGAUCAAGUUGGCAAGAAAGCAAUUGAGCUGAUUUACUGCAAAUCGGAAAACCAAGUAGCAGAUAUCCUCACCAAACCUUUGAAGUUUGAAGCUUUUAUCAAAUUAAGGAGUAUGCUUGGAAUGACUACUUUGUCGGAUCAGGAUUAAGGGGGAAUUGUUGGUUUGAUAAUCCUGAUCCCAUUGCUGUUUUAUUGUCACCUAUUAUCUAGGAACCAGUUUGAUUUUUAGCUAUUCUUUAGGACUUAGUGCAGGACGUGUCUAUCUG